AUGAUUGAAGACAAGGGACCUCGUGUUGCUGACUACUUUGUUGUAGCCGGAUUAACUGAUGUUUCAAAGCCUCUUGAAGAAGAAAUCCACUUCAAUGAUGCCUGUCAUAAAGUAGCUAAACUAAAAGAACCUAUCACAGAUGUUUCAGUUAUUAUUAAAUCUAUCGGGGAGGAAGUGCCACGGGAUUAUAUGUGUAUAGAUGUUACUCCAACUGGAUUGUCAGCUGAUCUCAAUAAUGGAAGUCUUGUGGGGCCACAGAUUUACCUUUGCUAUAGAAGAGGACGAGAUAAGCCUCCACUCACAGAUCUGGGGGUCUUAUAUGACUGGAAAGAAAGAUUGAAACAGGGCUGUGAAAUUAUUCACAAUACUCCUUAUGGACGCCCUGCCAAUAUUAGCGGCAGUACCUCAUCACAAAAGAUUUAUAUCACUUACCGAAGAGCCUCUUCUGAAAACAUGACUCAGAAUACGCUGGCUGUCACAGACAUAUGUAUUAUUAUACCCAGUAAAGGAGAAAGUCCACCACACACAUUCUGCAAAGUUGACAAAAACCUCAAUAACAGUAUGUGGGGAUCAGCAGUGUACUUAUGUUAUAAAAAAUCGGUGGCAAAGACUAACACUAUAUCUUACAAAGCUGGUUUAAUUUGUAGAUAUCCUCAAGAAGAUUAUGAAUCAUUCUCACUACCAGUAUCGGUUCCCCUCUUUUGUUUACCAAUGGGUGCAACUAUUGAAUGUUGGCCACCAAAUAGCAAAUACCCUCUCCCUGUGUUUUCUACCUUUGUGUUAACUGGAGCUUCAGCUGAAAAGGUCUAUGGUGCUGCUAUUCAGUUUUAUGAACCAUACUCUGAGGAGAAUCUCACAGAAAAACAGAGAGUUCUUUUGGGAUUAGCAUCAUCGGCAGAUGAAAAGUCUGAUAGUUCCAAAAAAAUUCACACUAAUAAAUGCAUUUGUCUUCUUUCUCACUGGCCUUUUUUUGAUGCAUUCAGGAAGUUUCUGACUUUUCUGUAUCGUUAUUCCAUCUCUGGACCACAUGUCCUACCAAUUGAGAAGCAUAUUUCUCAUUUUAUGCACAAAGUUCCUUUUCCAUCUCCUCAGAGACCACGGAUUUUAGUUCAGUUGUCACCACAUGAUAAUCUGAUUCUCAGUCAGCCUGUUUCUUCGCCUCUCCCACUAAGUGGUGGCAAGUUUUCAGCACUACUUCAGAACUUAGGCCCUGAAAAUGCUGUGACAUUACUGGUGUUUGCUGUAACAGAACAUAAAAUUCUCAUUCAUUCCUUACGGCCUUCUGUGCUUACUAGUGUGACAGAAGCAUUAGUGUCUAUGAUUUUCCCUUUUCACUGGCCAUGCCCAUAUGUUCCUCUCUGCCCACUGGCUUUAGCAGAUGUCUUGAGUGCUCCAUGUCCAUUCAUAGUAGGGAUUGAUUCAAGAUACUUUGAUCUCUAUGAUCCUCCACCAGAUGUUAGUUGUGUUGACCUAGAUACCAACACCAUUUCUCAAACUGGAGACAAGAAAAGUGCAGCCUGGAAGAUCCUUCCGAAGAAGCCAUGUAAAAAUCUGAUGAACACACUGAAUAAUUUGCACCAGCAAUUGGCAAAAUUGCAGCAGAGACCUCAAGAUGAUGGACUAAUGGACUUAGCUAUGAAUGACUAUGAUUUUAAUUCUGGAAAGAGGUUGCACAUGAUAGAUUUGGAAAUCCAAGAGGCAUUUUUGUGUUUCAUGGCCUCUAUUUUAAAAGGUUAUAGAUCAUACUUAAGACCAAUAACACAAGCCCCAUCUGAGACAGCCACAGAUGCAGCCUCUCUGUUUGCCCUACAAGCUUUCUUGAGAAGUCGGGAUCGGUCACAUCAAAAAUUCUAUAACCUGAUGACCAAAACACAAAUGUUUAUUCGCUUCAUUGAAGAAUGUUCUUUUGUCAGUGAUAAAGAUGCAAGCCUCGCAUUUUUUGAUGAUUGUGUAGAUAAAGUGGAUAUGGACAAGAGUGGUGAAGUGCGACUUAUAGAACUGGAUGAAUCUUUCAAAAGUGAACACACUGUUUUUGUAACACCACCUGAGAUUCCCCAUCUACCUAAUGGUGAAGAGCCCCCUUUGCAAUACAGCUAUAAUGGAUUUCCAGUUCUUAGGAACAAUUUAUUUGAGAGGCCUGAAGAAUUUUUACAAACACAAAAGAGCAAAUUGCCCUCAAAAUCAAGUAGCCCUAGUAGUCCUUCUCCCAUGUUCAGAAGAACUAAACAGGAAAUAAAGUCAUCUCAUAAAAUUGCAAAGAGGUAUUCUUCCAUCCCUCAGAUGUGGUCUAGGUGCUUACUGCGUCACUGUUACGGACUGUGGUUUAUUUGUCUCCCAGCUUAUGUGAAAGUGUGUCAUUCAAAAGUCAGGGCUCUAACAACAGCAUAUGAUGUGCUAAAAAAAAUGCAGUCAAAAAAGAUGGAUCCACCUGAUGAGGUAUGCUACCGAAUUCUUAUGCAGCUCUGUGGGCAGUAUGACCAGCCAGUGCUUGCUGUGAGAGUGCUAUUUGAAAUGAAAAAAGCUGGUAUCGACCCCAAUGCCAUUACUUAUGGUUAUUAUAACAAGGCUGUAUUGGAAAGCACCUGGCCUUCAAGAAGUCAUAGUGGUUAUUUUCUUUGGACUAAAGUAAGAAAUGUCGUGUUGGGAGUAGCACAGUUCAAAAGAGCAUUAAGAAAGCAUGCACACGUAUCACAAACAACUCUCUCAGAUGGCAGUGACCUGGAUGCUGUUAGUCAUGGCAGCAUGGAUAGUGGUCAUGGGACACAUACUGUGGAACAGACACCCCUUAACACGGGUCUAAUCAAAGUCUAUGCUGCUGAUGAUAGAUCCAGUACAGGUGGCCAGUCUGAUCUUGGAUAUAAUUCUUUAUCUAAAGAUGAAGUUAGAAGAGGGAAUACAUCCACUGAGGACAUUCUAGAAGAAAAGGAAGAUAACAAAGGGAGUGAUUCUAGUUCCUUGUCGGAGAGUGAGAGUACAAAAGGAAGUGCUGAUUGCCUUACUAAGCUCAAUUAUCAAAGUUCUUCCAGUAUAGUUCGCCUCAGUGGUACAAGUAACAAUAGUGCUGAUAAAAGAUCAGGAGAAAGUACAGAAAGCACACCUGAGUUGCUAUUAAUAUCACCUUUUGAAGAUACAAAGGAAACAGGAAACAUUGAAAAUAGAUGCUUCAGGAAAAGACAUAAAAGUGAUGAUGAACCUAACUUGGAGCAACAAAUGGCCUGGGGAAGCAGAAACCGUAAUCUUAGUGGAGGAGUAUUAAUGGGAAUUAUGCUCAACAGAAUUAACCAGGAAGCAAACCCUGGAGAUAUAGUUGAAAAAUUAGGAGCUGAUGCAAAAAUUCUUUCAAAUGUUGUCACGAAAAACACAAGACCAAAUACUCUGGCUAUUGGAAAGCCACCUUUAAGGUCAAAAAGAGAUAGUCUAGAAAAGGAAUCUAGUGAUGAUGAUACACCUUUUGAUGGUUUUAGCUUUUUGACAGAUAAAGUGGAGUCUCCUGUGAUUUUUGACUUAGAAGACCUAGACAAUGAGCCAGAUAGAUCAAAAGCAAGAUAUACUGCUGCACAAAAUCCCAAGAGGAUUCAACGUAUGAACAGCAGCUUUUCAGUGAAACCUUCUGAAAAAACUGACGUUGCAACAGGAUUUGAUCCCCUCUCUCUUUUGGUUGCUGAGACUAAACAGCAACAAAAAGAAGAGGAGGAGGAGGAGGAAGACGAUAGCAAAAGCAUUUCAACACCAUCUACUAAGCGUGAUUUAGCAGAAGAAAUUGUGAUGUAUAUGAAUAAUAUGAGCAGCCCUUUGACAAGUCGUACACCAAGCAUUGAUUUACAACGGGCAUGUGAUGAUAAAUUAACCAGUAAGAAAAGUCCAACAUUCAUCAAGGCAGGCAGAAGAUCCAGUCUUCCUCCUAAUUCUCCAAGGCCAACAAGACUUACCAAAUCUAAAAGUUACACAAAAAAUGAUGACCGACCAAGGGAUAGACUCUGGUCGUCUCCAGCCUUCUCACCUACUUGCCCGUUUAGGGAAGAAUCUCAAGAUACAUUAACCCAUUCUUCACCUUCAUUUAAUUUAGAUACACUACUAGUACCUAAAUUAGAUGUUCUAAGAAAUAGUAUGUUCACUGCUGGAAAAGGAGUUGCAGAGAAAGCAAGCAAAUGGUAUUCAAGAUUUACCAUGUAUACCACAUCAUCUAAGGAUCAAAGUUCUGAUCGUACCAGUCUUUCUUCAGUGGGAGCCCAGGAUUCUGAAUCUACCUCUUUAACAGAUGAAGAUGUCUGCCAAGAGUUGGAAGGAGCUGCUUCUCAAGAGAUCAGUGCCACUCCAGGGACUAAGGGAAUCGAUCUCAGCCGAACAAGCCUGGAAAGUUCUGCCUCUUUAGAAGGAUCCCUGUCAAAGUUUGCCUUACCUGGGAAAUCAGAAGUGGCAUCUUCCUGUAACACGAGUAAUGCAAAUAUCUUCCAGAACUAUGCAAUGGAGGUCCUCAUCUCAAGUUGCUCUCGGUGUCGAACUUGUGACUGCCUUGUCCAUGAUGAAGAAAUCAUGGCUGGCUGGACAGCAGAUGAUUCAAAUCUCAAUACCACAUGUCCAUUUUGUGGCAGUCUUUUCUUACCCUUUCUGAAUAUAGAAAUAAGAGAUUUAAGAAGACCUGGAAGGUACUUCUUGAAGUCCAGCUCAUCUACAGAAAAUCUGCAUUUUCCAUCUUCCAUAUCAAGUCAGACAAGGCCGUCUUGCAUCUCAGCAUCAGCCUCUGGUCUUGACACAUCUGUUGUCUCUGUCCAAAGGAACUUUGCUCUAAAUAGCAAAUCUAAACUGCAGGAAAAUUCAUGUGCCCGAAGUAUUCAGAUCCCUGCUGAUAGAUCAAAAACAAGUAUGUUAAAAUGUCCACUAUUUCCGAUGGCCAGGAGUGUUAGUACUUAUGGCCCCUUGGAUAAUGAAGAAACUGGAGGACAGAAGCUCAUUCCAACAGGCAGCCUGCCAGCUACUUUACAAGGAGCUACAGAAUCUUUAGGAUUAGAGUGGCACCUCCCAAGUCCAGAACCUGUCACUGUUCCAUAUCUUAGUCCUUUAGUGGUAUGGAAGGAACUUGAAAGCUUAUUGGAAAAUGAAGGUGAUCAUGCCAUAACAGUAGCAGACUUUGUGGACCAUCAUCCAAUUGUUUUUUGGAACCUGGUGUGGUACUUUAGACGUCUUGACUUGCCCAGUAACUUACCUGGAUUAAUUCUUUCUUCUGAGCAUUGUAACAAGUAUUCAAAGAUUCCCCGUCACUGUAUGUCAGAAGAUAGUAAACAUGUUUUAAUACAAAUGCUAUGGGAUAAUAUGAAAUUACAUCAGGAUCCAGGACAACCUCUGUACAUCCUCUGGAAUGCCCACACCCAAAAGUAUCCAAUGGUCCAUUUACUGCAAAAAAGUGAGAAUUCAUUUAACCAGGAACUGUUAAAAAGUAUAGUAAAAAGCAUUAAAAGGAAUGAUGUCUAUGGACCAAUGAGUCAGAUUUUAGAGACACUGAGUAAGUGUCCACAUUUUAAAAGACAGCGGAGUUUAUACAGAGAAAUACUAUUUCUCUCACUUGUGGCACUAGGAAGAGAAAACAUUGAUAUAGAUGUAUUUGAUAAAGAGUACAAGAUGGCAUAUGAUCGCCUCACACCUAGUCAAGUCAAGAGUACACACAACUGUGAUAGACCACCGAGCACUGGCGUGAUGGAGUGUCGAAAAGCCUUCGGAGAGCCUUAUCUUUAA